AUUUCAAGUUCUCUCUUUUAAUAUUCCAAAGCCGCCAACCUGCCGGCUGUGUCUUUCCAGGAAGGCUCUCAGAAGUUGAAACCCAAGCCAUCACCAUCCAGUUGGCUCCUUCCUGCAUGUUAACCAGUCCUUCCACUUAACUACUCAACAGCUGCAUUCCAAUGACAACCAUAUCACUCAUGAAGCUUCCUCUUUCUCCAUCUUUCCACCCCUGAGUCUUACCAAGUGUUCUUACCGGCUAUAUAUAUAUAUAUAUACAGCUUAUAACACCACAACUUUGCAUGCAUCUCUCUGAACAAAAUGGAGAAGCCAUCACCAAUCUCACUGGAAAGCCCUGUUGGACUUGUCUUCAUUGCAGCAAUGUUCAGCUUACUGUCCAGACUACAAAAGUUCUCACUUGGAUUCCUAACCUUGUUUAAUCAUCCCCAUGCAAAGCUUCAGCCAUAUCCAUUGAGGAGGACAAGUAAUACAGCACAGGAAGACUUCAAAUUCAAGUUGGGAAGAGAGGAUGUGGAGAUGGUCAUGGAGAGGAUGGGAUUGGAUUGCAACCAAGAAGGAGAGCAGUUGAAGGAGUUCAGUGGGUUUGAUGACUUCUCUGUGAUGUUUGAAGAGGAGGAGCCAAGCUUGGAGGAAGUGAAGAUGGCUUUCUCUGUGUUUGAUGAGAACAAGGAUGGGUUCAUUGAUGCAGAGGAUCUUCAGAGGGUUCUUUUCAAGCUGGGUUUCACAGAAGAGAUGGAUUUGGAUGAAUGCAGGACAAUGAUAGAUCUUUGUGUUGGAAACAAGGAUUCACAGAUUGAUUUCAAUGGGUUUCUUAAGUUCAUGGAAAGAAGUUUCUGCUGACGCAUAUAGUUUCGGCUUUCCAUUUUUCAUCUGAUAAAUUGUAUCAGAAGAAAGUCCCUCCUGUUUUUUCCUGUAAAAGAUAUACUCAUGUUCAGGGCAAGAUCAUACAUAUGUAUGACACAUAUCACAGAAACAGUUGAAAUUUUUUAAUGAUAGAAAUGUGGACAAGAGAUGCUCAGUCUUCUAAUAAUGUAUUUUUGGUUUAAAUUUGUCUUGAAAAAUAAUGAUGAUCUCUGCUUUGAACUUUUCAAUUAAACAUGUGAUUCAGAUUAA